UUCAGCUAGCUGUGACUAAUUGCACUGGGGAAUAACUGUGUUCAAAUUCUCAAUGUAAAACUUGAAUUUACAGAUUUCCUUAAAAUCAAGUAAACAUUUUUUCACAUGUGUGGUGGAAAUGCUGCAAAAAAACAGAAUGAGUCCUGAAGUACUCACCAAUCAAAACAUCAGUGAAAGUGAAAUCGGAGGUUACAGCAUGGGCCAAGGCUCUCCUUUGCCUGGGGAAACUGCCAGCCCCAAAAGUUAUUCUCAACAGAGCCCAUCUUUGCCAGCUUCUGGAUUAACAGAAUUUAAUGCUGUGAGUCCUAAGAGCUGUCAUAUUCCCCCAGUAAAAACCCAGGAGAUGUCGGCUCUCACUGACUCUACGCUUAGCACUUUCCCCUCUCAGAAGCAGUAUGUUGGCGUGCGGGUGAAAAUGCCAGUGCGGGAGCUGCUGAGAAAAGUCCGGCUUUCCAAAGGGAUGGACCCCAAUGACAUAAAGGAAGCACAACCAAUAAAGGGAACUACAACUAAAGGAUCUUCUGGAACAGCAGCAAGAAGAAAAGCUUGCCCUUAUACAGAAAAACAGUUCAGACAGAAAAAGCAAAGUUCUGAGCAGGCACUAAAAGGCUUGGAGGACCUUGAUAUCCUGGUUGAGGUAUUGGAGGAAGACCUGAACAAGAGCCACUCUAAGCUAGAGUCUCUGAGCCCUCUGCCAGCUUGCUGCUGGCACACCUUUUCCCCUGAUAUUCAGGCCUCUUGGUGGGAAGCUGACGGCAGCAAACAACCAGCUGGCAGCCUGCUGGAAAGGAGCCAGAACCUGACCAAAUUACAGCCAUGUUGCCCAUUUGCUGAUUGCAAACCACUACUGUGUGGACAGGAGGAGAAUUCUUAUUUAUCUGAUUAUAAAAAAAUGCAACACCCGGACUCCCUGGAAAUAUCAUUUCCAAGUAAAAGCAAGGAACAGAACAGCUGGCAGAUGCAGGAUGCUUUUAUCAAUCCCCAGAGGCAUUUCCCCAGGCCUACUGUACAGGACAAACCUUUCUGCUAUAAUCCACCAGGACACCAUCCAGAGAAGUUCUUGGAAGUUGAUGCAACCUCUCGGGACUAUGUGGGACAUCUGAAGUCAACCUCUGUUUCUUUCAAACAGGAGGACCUUUCUGCCCUCUCUUUCUUCCAGUUCCAUUUAUACUGGGAGGAGAGUCUCUUGAGAAAUAUCCCAGUAGACAAAUUGCUUGCACCUGAUGAAAACGGGAACAGGCUCCUGCACAAGGCUGUCACUCAAGGAAGGAGAGCACUGGCUUAUGCACUUGCACAGAGAUUUGCAUCUCUAAACAAAAUUGAUGAGAAGGAUGCAGCGAAACGGACAGCAUUACAUCUAGCUGCUGAAAAGAACCAGCACCUGAUGGUCAACUAUUUGAUUUCUCUGGGAGCCAAUGUCAAUGAACAGGACAGUUUAGGGAAAACACCACUCCAUCUGUGUGCAGAGAAUGGGUCCUUAAGAGUUUUGGAUGUUCUGAAAAAAUGUAAAGAAGGCGGCAUGCAUGUGGAAGUGGAUCUAACUGACCAUUCUGGUUUAACACCAUUACACUGUGCAAUUCUUGCUCACACUGCAUUAUUGAGGGAAUCUCAAAAAGUCACCAACCACAGUGACAUGCGAAAGUUUCUGCAACUGCGCAAAGAUAAAAUUCUUGAGGGAAUUAAUUGUUUAUUACAAAUGGGAGCAAACCCUGGGCUGCAGAAACGAAAAUCGUGUCAAGCUGCCACUCACUUUCUAAAAAUCCAGGAAAAUAAGGAAAUGAUGUGUUUCCUCCAAUCUCAUGGCCCCAAAAGGGAGGACUUUCUCCAGGAGGACUGUGGCUUGCCGAACAUACUGAGUGGAGGGGCCCUUCCAUAUUUACAAGAAAUGUCUGAGCUUCUUUCCUCUUCAUCUUCAAAUGUCUUUGGCCAUGUUUUUAAAGGAAUGUGCCAGUAGAUUCAUUAUUCCUAUCUCAUGCUCCGCAGCUGUUGCUGAGGAACAGCCAGAAAACAGACAGUAAAAGUCUUCUGAAUGUUAAAACUUGAGCUGCUGAUGAAAACACCCCCCGAGAGCCCAGAAUUGGACUAAUAGAAAUUAGAAAGGAAAAAACUCAGAAGAAGUUUUCAAACUCGGGCAUCUAAUGUUAGGUGCCUUAAAUACGUGGCCUUGUUUUCAAAAGCGCUGAGCACUCACAUCUCCCUGUGAAGCCAGUUCAGGUUGUGGGAGCUCAGAACUCUGAAAAUUGAGCCAUUACAAUAUAGGUGUCUAAUUUUGAAAAUGUUGACCAUAGAUCUCUGGAGUCCAACCCCCUAAGUGCCAGUAAAGGAUUAUUCCCUACCAUAUGAGUUUAAUUUUCAGAGAUGCUAAGCACCUGCAGUGGCAUGUAAAGUCAAUGGGAACUCCAAGGAUGGGGUUAUCACAGAUUUUUAAGGCACGCACUGAAAAAAAUUCCUACAGCUGACUGUGUUUUCAACUAAGGGCACGUUUUUUAAAAAAGAUACAGAGUUUAUAACAGUAGGAGACUGUAUAUACAAGUAGUCUGGAACAGUAAAACUGAAAUUUUAAAACCAUUAAUCAAUUUUUGUAUGAUCAACAGAAGAACAAUUUCUUCCAUAUAACUUUAGAUAUUUACUCACAAUAUUUGAUGUCAUCUUUAUACCAAGUAACUUUUUAAUUUAAAAAAAAAUCAAAACUGCUAUCACAGAAUAAUUGGGGAUCUGUUACGAAAUUUUAGAGACUUAGUAACUACUUCCCGAAAACCUCAAUACCUGUCAGUCUCACUUUAUUGUAAACUCUUAUUGUGAAUUAACUGGUUUCUGUGAAACUUCCUUGUUUGCUACAUAUGGAGCAAUAUAUAACACAUAAAAAGGAUUGAUCCUCAGCAAUCAAUUCAUAUAUCCCUCUCUCUUUGAAAUAAAUGGGAGAGAUUUUAUUCACGUGUAAACAUUGUAGAAUCAGGGUUACAGGUAACAAGUACUUACAAAAGUGAUCUAUUUUCCCACUAUGUGAAUUAUGUCUUUGCAUUUUGUUUUUAAUAAAGGGUCUUCUUCGUCUCAUUGAACAUUUUUAAGUAUUAAGCUCUGAAAGCUACUGUUCAAUGGAUGAUGGAUCAGGCCCUAAACUUCUUACCUUUUAAUCAGCUAAACAAUGUUCUUAUAUCAAGAUUUUUUAUAUUCAGGUGGUAUUUUCCCCCUGAGUGAGGAACAGAGUUUGAAUAAGAAUUAUAACUGUGUAUAUUUAAAAUAAAUUAUUCUGUAUUAUAUGUUGAAUAUUCACUUCCUGAUUUCCAUAUAUCUCCUCAGUGUUGGAUAUCGAAUGAGAUCUUUCUUUCAGAGUUUUAUCCAAAAUAGAACUAUUUUCCUUAAUUUGGUUUCUUUUCUAUUAUAUUUCAUCCACCUUUACUAUUGUUUGCACUUUAACUCUAGCUUGGAUGAAGGAUUUCAGGAGUCAUUCCUAGGUUUAGGGAGAGAGAACCUGAACCUACCAGCGGAAUUAGGCUUUUCUAGGGAUUUGCAAAAUUUUGGAAUUUUAGUUUGUUUUUUAAAAGAAAAGAUCAUGGUGAAUGUUUCAGAGACCACUAUAUACAAUAAAUCAUCUUGAUUUUCUUAUACCACAUGCAUGAUAGAAAUCAGGAAUAUUGUAUCACUUUAUUAAACUGAGAAAUAAGAAUUAAGGACUAGAUCUAGCCUCCACCGAAGUCAAUGGAAAGACUUUCAUUGAUUUCAAUGGCCUUUAAAUCCUGGAAUACAACUAAAAAAGUACAAAUGAGGCAGCAUAAUAAUAGAGAUUUUAACCUGUAUUAGUGAUCCUUUGUACUGAAGACAAAUCAGUUGUGGACUUCACAGGUAGGCGUGUAAAGAGUACAGAAUCAAGAAGUGCAAUAAGAACAUAGUACAUAGUAUUAUUUCCAUGGGAUCUGUGUGCGUGAGGGCAGAACUUGAAUCUUGAACUUUUGAUUUGUAUCUCUUAUUAAAUAUUAUGCUCAAAACUGAAUUAACCAUUGUAAAAAUAUAUAAUUUACAGGCUGUAUUUUAAUGGCAUGAACACUCAGUGAGAACUUUGUCUAAUAUGCAAUGAAUUAUAUUCCACCAUUUCUC